GAAAUACAUGCAGAUGAUUUUAAUUAGGUAAAAAUAUGUCAAAGUGACACACUUUAAGGCUACUUUUAGGUAUUUAAAAUGUAUGUCGUUCACUUGUGGUAGAAGUCACAUUUUGAUAACGUGAAACAAACAAUUCCCAAGAAGCAGCUGUCUUGACCUCUUUCCCAUCCACGCAAAAACUCCAAAACAAUACUCUUUUAAAGCAUUAGAUUAGUAGAUUUUCCAAAAUACGAAACAAAAAUAAUCGACAUAUAAUCCGUCAAGAAGAAUGGUUUUCAAUCAAAGAAUCCAAUUGAGUAUUCUCCUACUACUCCUCUUAUCUCCGUCCCUAUCUACCAAUUCUGCAAACACAACGGUAUACCAAAUCCUCACAAAAUACAAUCUUCCUCAAGGUCUUUUACCUAGCUCUGUAAAAUCCUACUCUCUUUCCGACGAUGGCACCUUCAAAGUUGUACUGGAGAAGCCUUGUUAUGUGGAGUUUGAAUAUUUAGUUUAUUAUGCUGACAAGAUUACCGGGAAGCUAAGUAUUGGGUCGAUUACUGACUUAGAAGGAAUCCAAGUUAAAAGAUUCUUGUUAUGGUUGAAUGUGAAUGAGAUUCGAGUAGAUUUGCCAACUUCUGGUAGUAUUUACUUUCAAGUUGGGUUCAUUAAUAAGAGGCUUGAUGUCAAACAGUUUGAAACUGUUCAUGAUUGCCGGGACAAUUCGUUGGCCUUGUGUGGAACAUCUCUCAGACAGGUUCUACAGCUUCCGGCUCCUGUCAAUAAUAUGGAAAUGCUUAUUACAGAGUAGCCUGGGACCUAAUACACAUCUCAAGCUAAAAGUUGGAGCAGCUGGUGGUAUCAUCUACUUCACUUAUUCUGUUAUUCACUUCUUUGAAGUCAGGGUCGCUAAUGCUGCAUGUAUCAGGUGUAUGAUCAAGUUAAUUAAGAUACCACGAAUAUGUCAUGUAUAACGAGUUCAUCAACUAUAUAGUUUUGAAUUUGAUGUUCUCUUCCUCACCUCCUUCCCUCUUCCCCCAGUUUCCACGAAAAGAUUUGCGGGAAAAUGUCAGAACUAGACAAAGAAAUGGAUAGAACCCAGUGCUGGAGUUGAAUUUUAAAUUUUAUUUGGAUGAUUAAGGGUAAUAACCAGAGGAAAUUAGUAGCU